AAGGUCACUAAUAAAGUGUUCUCUCAAAUUAAAUCCUUCAAAAUCUUUCUUUCUGCAAAUAUAUAUUUUUUUCUGAUUGAACUCAUCAUGCUCCUUCUAGCUGUAUUCCUAGUUAUCAUAACCCAAUGUUUGGUUUAUUCUUCAGCAGAGCUUCAAUUGUUUGAGCAUGCACCUAAAUCAGAUGGGUCUCUAAGCUUCUUGGUAAUUGGAGAUUGGGGAAGAAGAGGAGCUUACAACCAAUCUCAAGUUGCAGUUCAGAUGGGGAUUAUUGGAGAAAAACUGGACAUCGAUUUUGUAAUUUCUACCGGGGACAACUUUUAUGACAAUGGUUUGAAUGGCAUAGAUGAUACAUAUUUUGAGCAUUCAUUCACCAAAAUCUACACAGCUCCUAGCUUGCAGAAGAAAUGGUACAAUGUUCUAGGAAACCAUGACUAUAGAGGUGAUGUUGAGGCACAGUUGAGUCCCGUUCUCACAGAUCUUGACAAUAGGUGGUUUUGCUCGAGAUCCUAUGUUGUUAAUGCAGAAUUUGUAGAAUUUUUCUUUGUAGAUACUACUCCGUUUGUGGAAAAAUACUACACAGAACCUUUGGAUCAUGUUUAUGAUUGGAGAGGCAUAUGGCCAAGAAAACAAUACAUUUCCAACCUCCUCAAGGAUGUGGAUUUAGCUUUAAAACAAUCACAUGCAAAGUGGAAGAUUGUGGUGGGUCACCAUACAAUUAGAAGUGCUGGUCAUCAUGGUGAUACAGAAGAGCUUGUAAACCAACUUCUACCAAUUCUUGAGGCAAACAACAUUGAUCUUUUCAUAAACGGACACGAUCACUGUCUACAACAUAUAAGCACUCUUAACAGUUCAAUUCAAUUUUUGACUAGCGGUGGAGGGUCAAAGGCAUGGGGAGGUGAUGUGAAGUGGUGGAAAGAAGAAGAGAUGAAAUUCUAUUACGAUGGACAAGGAUUCAUGUCUGUGCAUGUUAUUGAAAGUGAACUGAAUAUAGCAUUCUAUGAUGUGUUUGGCAAUGUUUUAUACAAAUGGAAUACGACCAAGCAGCUUCAUUCGACCUUGUAGAUAAAUGGGAUGUUGAAAAGGAAAUCAUUGGACCACAGUAGAUUCUCCAGAGUCAUACAUGUACUUUUUAGGGUUGAAGUGCUUUCACCUUUCAAAGUGCACUUCAAAAUUGCAACAUAAUUCCUGUAGUGUAAUUGUAAGUUAUCAAGAUACCCAUUUCCACGAAAUUAUACUCCAAAAAUAUCAUCCUUAAAAAAAAAAAAGUCCACAAUUGUCAUA